AUGUUAUAUAUUAUUAUCUAUCCAUCUAUCUAUCUAUUUGAUAUCAUAUUCAUCCAUCCAUCCAUACAUCUAUCAUAUCUAUCAUCAUAUCAUAUCUUUAAUAUCUAUCUAUCAUUCAUCUAUUAUCUAUGCAUCUAUCUAUUUAUUCCAUUCAUUGUUCAGUUAUUCAUCUAUUAUCCAGUCUAUCAUAUCUAUCUAUCUAUAUCAUCAGUUGUUCAUAUUCAUCUAUCUAUCUAUCUAUCUAUCAUAUCAUUUAUCUAUCUAUCAUCUAUUGUCUAUUUGUUCAUAUUCAUUCAUUCAUCAAUAUACAUCUCAUUCAUCUAUCUAUCUAUUAUCUAUCUAUCUCAUAUUCAUCAUCUAUCUGUUCAUCUAUCUAUCUAUCUAUCUAUUCAUAUUAUGAUUUAUUCAUCUAUAAUAUCUAUCUAUCUAUUAUCUAUCUAUCUAUCUAUCUAUCCAUCUAUCUAUCUCAUCUAUUCAUUAUUCAUCUAUCUAUCUAUCAUUUAUUUAUCUAUCUAUCUAUCUAUCUAUCAUCUAUCUAGUCCAUAUAUUCAUCUAUCUAUUAUCCAUAUCCAUCUAUUCAUCUAUUCAUUCAUCAUCAUAUCUAUCUAUCUAUCUAUCUAUCUAUCUAUCUAUCUAUCUAUCUAUCUAUCAUCUAUCUAUCUAUCUAUCCAUAUUAUCUAUCUAUUCAUUAUCUAUCAUUAUACCUAA